AAGGAUCCGUCUGAACUUGUCUAUGGUCCGUCCUUAAACUCUAUGGUUCUUAACCUCAAUUGUGUUUGUGAGGGUCUGAAUAAUAUUGUGAUAGAAAAACAGGAGUAUAUCACUAAAAUAUGGGGUUUGUGAAGGUGGUAAAAAACAAACAGUACUUUAAACGGUACCAAGUUAAAUUUAAGAGGCGCCGCGAAGGUAAAACCGACUAUUAUGCCCGAAAACGUCUUAUCACUCAAGACAAAAAUAAAUACAACACCCCAAAAUAUCGCUUCAUCGUUCGUUUAUCAAAUAAGGACAUUACAUGUCAAGUUGCAUAUUCCCGAAUAGAAGGUGACAAGAUUCUGUGUGCUGCUUAUUCCCACGAGUUACCUCGCUAUGGCGUUAAAGUGGGACUCACGAAUUAUGCUGCUGCAUACUGUACGGGUUUGUUAUUGGCACGAAGAUUAUUGAAGCAGUUGGAACUUGACAAGAUAUAUGAAGGUACUACAGAUGUAAAUGGCGAUGAAUACAAUGUAGAAGAUGUGGAUAAUGGCCCAGGAGCUUUUAGGUGCUACUUGGACGUUGGUUUGCAUAGGACUACAACAGGAGCUCGUAUUUUCGGAGCCAUGAAGGGUGCCGUUGAUGGAGGGCUCAACAUUCCUCACUCUGUAAACCGUUUCCCUGGUUUUGACAAUGAAGGUAAAUCUUUAAAAGCUGAUGUUCACAGAAGUCACAUUUUUGGACAGCAUGUUGCUGAAUACAUGAAAUCACUCGAAGAAGAAGACCCUGAGGCGUUUAAACGUCAGUUUAGCCAAUACAUCAAGCUUGGUAUAGCUGCCAAUCAGAUUGAGAACAUUUAUAAAAACGCUCAUGCUGCCAUCAGGGCUGAUCCUUCACCACAACAGAAGGAACCUAAAGCUCCACCAGCGAAGAAGAAGAGGUGGAACCGCGAGAAGCUGUCAUUGGCAGAACGCAAGAACCGCAUUGCCCAGAAGAAGGCUUCGUUCUUGAAAAAAUUAGAGGCGCAGGCUGAACCAUAACCUGUUCUGACGUUUAAAUAAAAUAAUAAACAUCUUUAACAUAUUA